CAACCACGUCAAACAUGCUGUUUUUUUGUUUAUUUUUACGGCUCUUUGAAGUUUAUAGGUUCUAGUUUUCGUUCUGCGGGUUUUGGCCGUCAGAAAUGACAACUUUAGCAACCUGUUGGAGAUAAAAUUUUUUAUAACUACCUUACAAUUAUUUUUUAAACUGUUUAUUUGUACGAAUACCCCUAGAAAUUAUGCCUAGCAUUGCACAGCUCCUGUUUUUUCCAAUACCAGCUCUAUUUUUUAUGUGGAUGUUAAAUAGUCUAUCGAAAACAGGUUUGACAGUGAGGGGAGUAAGCUGGUCCAAAGACGCAACUAAAUGGCCUCAUACUUUGUCAAGACUUCAGAACAAUGACUUAGACCAUGUCGUGUCGAAAGCUUCUUGCUUUAAGCAUUUCAAUAAAACUUUAGACACCAUAUUAAUUCCUAGAGUACCAGGAACAGAAGGGCAUAAAUUGGUCAGAGAGUUUAUAGUAGAUGAAAUGAAACAAUUAGGAUGGACAGUAGAAGAAGAUACAUUCACUGAUAGAACACCUCAUGGAAGAAAAUCGUUCUCCAACAUUAUAGCGAACUUGAACCCAGACGCAUGCAGGCAUCUCACUUUGGCGUGCCACUAUGACUCCCUCUACAAUAGAGAGUAUACCUUCAUGGGAGCAACCGACUCUGCUGUUCCUUGUGCGAUGCUGAUACACGCAGCAAAAAUGUUGCAUAUGCCUCUUAAACAAAAAAGUGAAAAGGAUUAUGAACUGUCCCUACAGUUCAUCUUUUUUGAUGGAGAAGAAGCUUUUAAAAGGUGGAGCAAAACAGAUUCAUUGUACGGAUCAAGACAUCUGGCGGAGAAGUGGAACAAAAUGAAAGCCUUCCCCACUGGUCUUAACUCAGGCAGUCAUUGCACUAAAAAAGAAUAUGUUUCCUAUUUAGAUAGGAUGGAUGUUAUGGUUCUUCUGGACUUGAUUGGUACUGCAAACCCAAAAUUUUACAGCUAUUUCCCAGACACUUAUGGCCUUUAUUCACAGUUAAUUGAAAUAGAGAAGAGGCUCAAUUCCUUGGGAUUACUGGAUGCUGAACCUCCAAGAAGUGAGACACAUUAUUUUGACAGCCGCACAAUUCUAGCUUAUGUUGAAGAUGAUCAUGUCCCAUUUAUGAGACUAGGUGUUCCAAUUCUGCACUUGAUCCCCAAUCCAUUCCCUUCUGUAUGGCACAGAGAAAGCGACAAUCGGGACAGCCUACACCACGCAACGAUCGACAAUUUGAACAAAAUCCUCCGAGUAUUCAUUGCAGAGUACCUUCAUUUAUUCACCCAAAAGGAAGUGGACAUCAUGUGAUUAAAUAGGCAUCAAUAGUACUGCAAAAAUAUGUACUUAUUUUAAAUUGAUAUUGCAUAUUUAAGUAAUGUAUAUGAAUAGUUUUAUUUAUGGAGGAAUUUAUUUUAUAAAAGUAUUUUAUAAAUGGGAAUUUACUUAAAACUUGAACAAGUUUUACUACUAUUUCUUAUUGAUUGAUUGAAAUUUUAUUUUUGUUAUUCAGUUUCGUUUAAAACAUUCCUAAAAUGAAUUGCAAUUAUUUGUUGAAAUCAUACAAAAUGCUUUAUUCUCACUAAGCUUACAUUUUUAAAAAUUUGAUUUUUUUAAUGUAUUUUAACGACAUAUUUUAUGAUCUUAUUUUCACUAGACUGGAUUUUUAAAACAAAAAAGUUUUAGCUGUGCAUAAUAAAAAAUUCUUAAAUA